AUGGCACUUGGCUUCGUAAUACCCUUUGGUGCUCAACCAGAGCAGUGCUACGAUGAGAUCACCCCAAACGAUAUGUACUCAAGUCUGACGUGUGCUUUCUCCGGUGCUUUCCUCAUCUCUGGAGUUUGGAUCUUCAUUCGCGCUCUCUCGAUGCAUCUUCAGAUCUGCUGGGACGUCACGCCAGGACAAAAGUUCUUCUACUGGGCGCAAGGUCUGGGUUGGUCAGUUGCGGCCACUUUCUUCACCAUCACUAUCACGAUCACUGGGGUCUCGUUCAGAUUCGGUGACGUCUGCCACGUCAAUGCCGAGCACUCAAUGAAGGACUUUUGGGGUCCCUUGUUGGCCAUUGCAGGUGCAGCUAUGGUUAUUCAGGUCGCAACCUUCGUAUACUGUAUCAAGGUGUAUCUUCAGAACAUGUUCAGCGACGACAAGACCGAAACACAAAGCAGCGCCGGCCUCCCCUCUUACACGACCAGCAUACGGAACCGAUCUGCACGAGCUGUUUACCGGCGUGUUCGCAAAGUCCUAUACCUGCAGUGGCGUGGCAUAACGAUCGUAGUCUUCAUCCUCGUGGACGUCAUCUUCUUCUCUAUCGUUUUCAUCUGGCUGAACUCCGUAACAUCGCACGCCACUGAGGACCUCGACAAAUUCCUUCCGUUUGUCAUUUGUCUGGUAACACACGCCGACGAAGGCCCAGAGCCAUGUUAUGCACUCGGCCAAUCUCUCGCUGUCGACCAAUCUACAGUGACAGCAAUCUUGAUGAUGCUGUCCAUUGCCGGUCUUCAAGUGUUCUUCCUGCUUAGCCGAUGGAGCAUGGUGGUCGGCUGGCGAGAUUUGAUCAGAAGCAAGUUCAGCAAGAACCGCGAAUUUGUAUCCUUGGACGCCAGGAACCCCCAGGAGGAUGUACGCCAUUUCGAAAUGAAGAACUUUGAGCCGAAAUCGACAGCAGAUGCAUACUAUGGUACUCCUGGACUUGCUAGCUACGCUAUGGGAAACGAGCGAUCGGACACCCCGGAUCAUUUCCAGAAAGAAACUCAGCGCGACUACAAGAGCCCGACACUGAGCUUUUCGACUCCAAGACCCCAAUCACGGGCGGCUACUCAUGUCGACUGGGACCCUAGAUCAUCCAUGGCAAGAGGAGGACUCGGACUGCAUCCUCCAGACUACGAAUCUAAGAUCUGA